AUGGUUCUAUAUCCCACGCCCUCAACAUCCCACGUCCCCUACGACCUCGUCUACGAAUCGGCAGAGGACUCCUUCCUGUUUCUCGACACCCUCUCUUCGGCCACUGAGACAAAAUGGCUACAUUCGCGGUUCCGCGAUCCUGUCUUUACCGCCACCAGUCGGGGUGGGACUCCUCUCGUCCUCGAACUCGGUCCCGGUUCGGGGGUUAUCGUCGCCUUCCUCACCGCCAACGCGGGCCACAUCUUCGGCACCGACGUCCUCAGCCUCAGCGUGGAUGUGAAUCCCCAUGCCGCGCUCGCUACGCGGACGACGGUGGCGAGAGCGGUGGUGGAACGACAGCGACCGCAGGGAGCUCCCGAGCAGAACGCGACUCCGACAAGCCAGAAUGCAAAUGCAAGUGCCAGUGCGAAUCCGUACUUAGGUUCUCUGCUUGGCGAUCUCACGGCUCCAUUGCGCUCAGGGGAAGUGGAUGUCCUGGUAUUCAACCCGCCUUAUGUGCCUACCGAGUCUGUGCCCUCGUCUGUAUCCGUGUCAGGGUCUGCGUCUGCGUCUGCGUCUACGUCUGGACCUCGUUCCACAGCGGCCGCACCGACACCCUCGUUCGAAGAAUCUUCAAAACUCCUUGAACUAUCGUACGCGGGCGGCCUUGACGGCAUGGAAGUCACGAACCGACUGUUGAUGCAGAUUCCACAAGUCUUGAGUCCGCGUGGGGUCGCGUACGUGCUGUUCUGUCGGGGGAAUAGGCCCGACGAGGUGAAGCGCGGGAUUGAGGCCUGGGAAGGGGGCGGCGCGGAAUCGCCGAGGUGGAAAUGGCGGGCCGACACGGUGGGUUGGAGUGGCAAGACGGCUGGGUGGGAGAAGUUGGAGAUUGUGAGGAUCUGGAGAGAGUGGAAGCAAGAGGGACCAUGA